CGCUCGCUGUUUCGCAGGACACACGCCCAUCAUGGCAGCCGAUCCGCAGAGUAGCCCGUUCAUAAAACACCUCGCGUCCAGCGACAAGGACAUCCGCGACCAAGCGCUCACCUCCCUCCGCACAUUCCUCAGUGGCCGCUCAGAGAUAUCAGACCUCGAUCUGCUGAAGCUAUGGAAAGGACUAUUCUACUGCCUAUGGAUGCAAGACAAGCCCGCCCUCCAACAACGCCUCGCCCUCGACCUCGCCUCCCUCCCCUCGAUGCUCCAGACCCCCGUCGUCCUCCCCUUCCUCCGCGCCUUCUGGCUUACCAUCGCGCGCGAAUGGCAGCAAAUCGAGGCUUUGCGUAUGGAUAAAUACCUGUUCUUGAUAAGACAUUAUGUCAAUGCGUCUUUCAAGUAUCUCGCGAGGAAAAACUGGGAAGAUGAGGUGGUGGAAGAGUACAUGCAGAUACUGGAAGAGACGCCGUUGAAUCCGGUGGAUAUGAAGAUUCCGAAUGGGCUGCGGUAUCAUGUGUUGGAUGUUUAUGUGGAUGAGCUGGAGAAGGUGGAGAGUGUGUGGGAAGGGAAGGGUGGGGCGUUGGAGAGGGUGCUGGAGCCCGUGAGGAAGUUAGCGAAGGAGGGGAAGUUGAAGGUUUUGAGGGUUGCGGCGAAGGAGUGUUUGGGUGACGAGAGGCUGAAGGCGUGGAGAGGGGGAAAAGGGGAGAGGUGAGCGAUGGCGAAGAAUGGGGCGGCUUAGAGGAUUGAACGGUGGACAUAAAAGUGAGCAUUCAAGCGUGGGCGUCUGGAUAGGGUAUAUCACAUUCAUGCAUGUCGAAAACGUUUGAUACCUAGCUUCAGAAG